AUGAGUCCGGGCGAGCGCGCCGCCCUCGGGCGCCGCGAACCCGCUCGCCCUCAGUAUGCUACCACCGCACCGGGUUUCCCGCCGCCCUACUAUCCGCCGCCGUAUGGCGUGCCGCAUCCGAAUGCAUGGCUCGGUGCCCCACUUAUAUCGAUGGCUGGACGCGCACCACCACAGUCCCGAAAUACACCUGUAUCCAAACUAGCAAUGCACGCACAAGGAGCACCUCUCAUCAUACAAAACAGGCACGACCGACGUAAGUUCACCACCGCACCGGAGCAGCGCAACCAUCGGCCUCUCGGACAAACCGAUCAUGUCUCUAGAGACAAGUGUGAAGUACCCGAGGGAAGCAGGCCACGCAACCAGCAACAGCAACCGCGUUCCACGCGAGGCGGACGUAACAACAACACGGAUGCGGUCAGUGUCGCUAGCGAUGAAAGUUCCGGCUCAACAAAUUCUGAGACUAUGUUGCCAAGGAUAAUUAAACCUCGUAAACGUCGUAAAAAGGAUAGAAAACCUAAUAAUAUUGUACCGCAUGAUUUAAGUACUGCUACUUUGGAUCUAGGCGAAGUCGAUCAUUGUGCGGUUUCUGGCUUAACUUCGUCGCACGGUUUAUAUGAAGAUACUUACUGUAGGGAAAUGUCUUUACCUUAUCGCUUAGACGUAAAAGUGCUUGAAUACCCGGAUCCAGCCCCAGAGACGUAUCGCGUUUCAGCGUUGGGCGAGGCACUGGAAGCGACCCGAUUUGGUGUAGCGGAGGCGGCUUCGCCUGUGGAGUCUGCGGUUAGCGUAUGCCAAUGCCGACUCUGUGAUCCGGUAGGACAAAUUUGGGAUGCCGAUUCUAUUGCAGAUUUGCUUGAUGAGAAUUCUUGUGGUGAUUUUGCGCCUACGAAGCUAGAAGAGUCUAUGAAAGUAGUGGGACCGCUUGGUAAAAGAGGAAUGGAUACGACCUUACGUCGUAGCUGGAGCGAUCCUUCUUCUCGGGUCCCUGAAACAAGAGAGGCUUAUAACAGUGAGGCGUUUUCCGCACCUAAUCUAUAUUCAUUAUUUCCACCAAUGAGAAGGGUAAGUUCACCUGAACCUCGUUCUCCCCUCGCUCUUGACAUAUCUUCGGAAAUUGUCACCUCAAUGAAUGGCCACCGUGACUUGGAAAUCAAGUUGUUUUCGACCUCGCCCCCGGCUACGAACUCCGACCGACGCUCCUUCUUUGCUGACAAAAGUGAAAGUGCUGUGAACAGAUGUAUCGCGAGCAACGAUAUUGAAGUGAAUAGUGCGGUGAAUAACAAUGGAGUUGAAUCUAGUGUCAAACCUAAUGGCAAAAACAGUGAGGAUGUGUCUCGUCCUGGAUGUCAGUCGGUGUUAAAAACCGGCGAAUCCUCGCGCAACCUUUGUGAUUUAGCUCUAGUUACUACCUGA